AUGAAGGAUCUUUGGGUCCGUUGCGGGUAUGAUGCUGGCGACAAAUCCACAUGGGCACAGGAGUACCUUCACCUGCCCUUCCAUCGGCAACUUCGUUACGAGAAGUUCGCGCCAAAGGCGUUUGACAAAAUCACGGACAUCAUCGGCGGUGUUGAAGCCUGGGAUGACGAGCGAGAACGCUGGGUGGAGGACAAUUUUGUGGUCAACUUUGGUUCCGAGACCAGGUCCCGAGAGUCAGACAACGAGGCGGAGGUACUCUAUUAUGCGAGGAUGGCUUACGAGGUUUGCAAGCGACUUUACGACCACCCUGAAGGUCUCGACCCAGCUUUAACCGCUAAUGAUCUGACUAUCGGCGUGCGCGAGUGCGAGAUAUCCCAGACUGUCGAGGCGAAGAAGGGCGACGUCUUCAUCAUCCACGGUCUGGUUCCGCACACAGCGAACUACAACUAUCACCACUAUGCUCGCGUCAUCACCAACACCCAUGUCACCCUGAAGGACCAGCUUCAUCUGGAUCGACCUGACAAGAAUUAUGUCAUUCUUCGAGCACUGGACCGAGAGUCUAUCCCGGAGUUCAAGCCCACGCGCGAGCGAAAGUUUUGGUACCCUCGGAACUUUUGCUUCAAGGAAAAGAGGAUUGAAGAUGAGCUGAAGGCUAUGAAAGAUGCCGCAGCUGCAGAAGGACUGGACGCCAGCAACGUUGAUAGCAUUUGGGUGAGUGAGAAAGCUCGGUCUGAUUUCGCGAGGACGAAUGGGUUGUUGUUACCAGUGCACGAAGAGGCUGGAUUUGAGACGACGCAGCACUUAAUUCAGUAA